AUGGAAUGGAAACUGCUGCUGAUAGUCCUGCCCUGGCUUCUUAUCGGCAAGGUCUUCUACAAGGUCGAGGACUUCACGGAGCCGGAUGUCGCCUACCAAAGCCUGGACUACCAUCCCGAGGACUACAUCGACUCCUUCACCGAUUACCAGAAGCACGACUACUUUCAGUACUAA